AAAUACUGUUUGAUGUUUGAGUUUGAUUUCUGAUCCGGAGUUUGAGUCUGCGUCACGAGGACCAUCAUGCGGAAAAGUCCCGGGGAUCUGAUUAUCACCAAACAAAACAACUAGAUUAACUUCCAGCUGUGACAGCUGAGUCUGUUAUUACAGACUUAUUUCAACAAAAAGACUAAGAGGGUCCUGAAGACCAGGGGAACAUGUCGUCGGAGGAAUUCGAGAAGCUGCACGAGAUCUACAGAUCUCUGUACGAUGAGCUGAAGCUAAUGCCGGACACAGCUCUGAGGUGUCAUGGAGAGGAGAGGAAGAGGCUGGUGAGGAGCUUCGAUGAGAGGCAGGGGGAGGCUGAGGAAGUGUUACAAGGAAUGGAAGAGGAGCUGCGAGCGGCCCCGUCCACCCACAGAAACGCCAUGAGCACAAAGCUGCGUAUGUACCGCAGGGAUCUUGGCAAGCUGCAGAGAGACAUGAAAUCUGCUCCAGGCUCCGGGUCUUCUUCUAUGCCAGUGGGAGGAAGCCAUCAGGGCGUCUAUUCAUCACAGAACCAACAAAGUACACACCAGCAGUCCCAGAGAGCCUUGCUGCUGCAGGGCACAGAGGCUCUGAACAACGCCAGCCAGAGCAUCGAACGAAGUCAACGCAUCGCCAAUGAGACGGAGCAGAUCGGCACGGACAUCAUCGAGGAGCUGGGAGAGCAGAGAGAGCAGCUGGACCGAACCAGAAACAGAUUGGUGAACACCGGAGAAAACCUGAGUCGAACUAGAAAGAUCCUUCGUUCCAUGGCCCGGCGGCUGGUGACGAACAAGCUGCUGUUAUCCGUCAUCAUUCUCAUGGAGCUGGCGAUCCUAGGAGCGGUGGUUUACCUGAAGUUCUUCCGAUGAUGAGCUCUGGAUCCUGGGCUCUGGAUCCCGGGCUCUCUCAGACUUUCUAUAUCCGUCUCCUCCGACCAUCCAGAAGCAAUAACGCUGUUCUGCUGUGCAAUCGAGGACAAUGUGAUAACUCCGUCUUUAAUUGAACCUUUACAGAACAAGGUUUUUUGAAGUAUUGUUGAACCUGUUACUGGACCAAAUCUGCAGAAUCUUCCUGCACAAACUGUGAUCUGUUGUUUGCACUGUUUUAUCAAUCUGUUCGUGCCAAGGAUGCCCUGCAGGAUCGUUUCUGGCCACCACAGACCCCAGAGAUGAUUGCAUGGCAGGUUUUGUUAGGACCUGCUGACUCCCAUGUUUGUAGAUUCCUCAGAGGUACUGAUCCGAUCCUGACUCAGCUGUACUGGGAGCUUUAAAACCACAUGUAUCAACAACAUUACACGAUGAGUUAGCCCCAGUUGUAAUGUCGUGUCCUGAAUUCAGAGCGGUUAUCAUAGCUCACUUUUCAAAUCUGAGACCUGAGACACGGGGUCAGACUCUUCAGAGGUGUGGGUGUGACUAAUAAGUGGAAACUCUUACUAACUACAAUGUUCCUAACAGUUAUUAAUGUCGUCAAAUCACUGUAUCAUACAAACUGUUCUGUUUAAAGUGGGCUUAAUUAUCCUCUAUUGGACCGUCUACAUUAAAGCUAAUCUCUAACCUGA